CACCUUCUGGCUGGUGUGGACGCUGAUACACGAAGCCGCUGUCUCCAGAUGCAGGAAAAUAUCUCGGGACCCACGGCCCGGCGUCAUUACAGAAUCCAUGUUUGUUGUUCAUCAUCGACACACUCUUCUAUCUGACGGUUUGCCUCCCGUUCCGUUGACGAUGUGGACGACGACAAGAGGCGAGGACAGAGAAAACAGACAAGCGGCCAGCGUGCCGCGUGCAGCAGGGAAGCGUUGCCUGCUGCUGUUGUGUGACGGCGACGUGGGAUGACGCGCCUGGAGGCUGCCAUUGACACUGGGGCGGACCGCAGCACGUCCGUCACGGCGCGGGGGGAGGGCGGCAGGGAGUGGUCGCCGGCGGCAGCAGAUCGAUAGCCGCCACUCAGACAGGAAGGCGGCGCUACGUUUCUCACGCAUGCCGCUUGCCGCUCCGACCCUCGUCUGUGCCGCACAACAUUACUUGACUCCUGCCGUUUGCUAUUCAAGAUACAAUUUAAGACUUCAGCAACGCCUGACGAUGCAGACAAGUUGAAGAAAUAAGACGCUCUCACCUGGUCGAUGUCAAUGGGUUGUUGCAUUUUGUAGAGAGAGGCCAAAUCUUGUGUCUGGGUCACCAAGGUGGUAGUAAACAGCAUCAUGUUCUGUUUCCACUGUCCACCCACUUUCCACCCUACGGGCCGACCCACUGCUGUAGACUACCCGUGUCAGCCACACCCAUCCUAUCCGGGUUACGGCCUGCACGUGGACCUGCAUGACGACAGCUUUGCCCGGCGGAAACAACGACGUAACAGGACGACGUUCACACUGCAGCAGUUAGAGGAGCUGGAGAAGGCCUUUGCCCAAACGCACUACCCGGAUGUGUUUAUGCGGGAGGAUCUUGCCAUGCGCAUUAACCUGACGGAGGCGCGAGUUCAGGUGUGGUUCCAAAAUCGAAGGGCUAAGUGGAGAAAGAGCGAACGCUUCUCUCAGCAGACUUGCCCUCAGGGUCAGACCAGCAGCUCUACUCGCGUGGACACUGACGAAAAUGAGGCUGACGACGAAGAUCAUGUUGUCCAGACUGACAUGAAAACAGAGGGCAGCACUGAGCCCCAAAAUGUCAGCAGCUUCGACGCUGGCAGUAGCAAUGUACAGGGGAUCGGUGACCCCCAGGAGCAAAGGAUGCAAGGUGACUCCGAGGACAACAUGAUCCAAGGACUCGAUGACUCCCAGGAGUGCAGAGUGCAGGGUCUCGGUGACCCCCUGGAGCACAGAAUAAAGGCAAACGAAGAGGACAGCAUGCAAACGACAGAGAAAGUGUUUGGUGAACAGGAGACCCCCACGAUGGACGUUGAGGAAAACAAUGUUGCUCAGGAUCUCAGCAACAAACAGGAAGCGGAAGCCCCUCCUCCUGACGAGGCAGGCAACUGCUCAGAAGUAAGCAGAGUGGGGACGCUCAUGACUAAAUCACGUGAUGUUGAAGUCGGUCAUAGGAACGUAGACGAUGGAGAGACAGCGAGUGCACAGAACGACGUAGACGAUAAGAGACAGAAUGUAAAGUGUAGCCCGCGCCCUCUUGUCAUCCCUGAACUCUCCGUGACGUCACAAUCUCGCGAGACGAAGGCGGGUGACAGGGGGAUACAACUGUCGUCAAGUCCCAGACACCAGUCGACUCAGUCAUCUCAGUCUCUGACCUCCCACACACUACUCCCCAGUGCAGGAAGCUGUGAUACAGCCCAUGGCCCUUCUUUAAAAAACAUCUUUAGCCUGAUGCCAUCCAUGAUGUUCCCGCCUGACCUCAAUCUUCUGACCAAAGUGAAUCGCACGACAUUUCCAUUCUCGCAUUCGCUUCUAGCAGCUUCUCUGCAGAGACCCACCUUCCUGCCGCCUUUUGACAGCCCGAGCCUGAAGCCGUACGACUCGCUGCACGCAUCCCGUUCCUUCCUGCAGCACUCCCUACACGUGCCCCACCCUGCCUUCAAAGGUUGUCUACCUUUGUGUCUGUGCUGCAGUCCUCGCAGCUCCUACGUCACACAGCCAGCACCGUUCACCAUGUCCGGUCUGACAGGGACCAUGUCACCUGUGCCAUGCAUCAGUCCUGUGCCAGGCAUACAGCACGAGCAGCGCACAUCUUUAGUUUCCGGAUUACACGAACAGCGUGCGUCACUGGUGUCGCACGAGCAGCGCACGUCACUGGUGUCGCACGAGCAGCGCACGUCUAGCGUGGCCGAGUUGCGGCGCCGCGCCCGAGAGCACGCCGAGGCUGUAGUGGCCAGCGUCACGGAGCAGCGGCAUGCUGCAUCAGACCUGUAGUACCACCUCAGUCCGCAGCUUCCCACCAGUCGGACGCCAUUCUACACGUCACCAGUCUGCAGUCCUCGCCAGUCAGGCCGACACCCGUGUACAAGCCGACAGUAAACAUUCUGAUACAAGGCUGGUUUCCUACCUGUCUGACACUAGUACACAGACUUCCGAAAGUUUGACAACAGUCUAAAGAUUCCCACGCAUGUCUACAUCUUCACACCAGUCCCUGACACCAGCCUACAACCUAUGACCACUGUCUGACACCAGCCUACUGUUUCCUACCAGUCACUGUCUGGCACCAUUCUACAGUCUCGUUCUAGUCUCGUCGGAAAUUCAGAACUUCAUUUUGUCUUUAUUAUUAGAAGCCUGUGCCUCGAGAACAGACAGCGGUGUAUCUCGUGUUUUUCUCAACUAUAAAAACAGAUUAAAAUGGAAAAUAAGUAAAAGCAAACUACAAUAUAAGUAGAAAGAAAUAAGAAGAAACUAUCAGCUUCUGCGUUCAGCCGAAUGUCUCUGUAGGAAGUGAAUGCGUUCAGAAAGACUACGAGAACAUGAAACAGUUGUCUACCUGGCAAUCCCUGUGCCACCUCCUACAGCACAUGUACUCAGACUUACUGUCAAAGAUGGAGCUGCCUUUCCAUGUUUUGCUGUAAAAUGUAGUCUAUGUUAAUAAAGGCAAAUGCCUGUGCACACUAGUAUUCAUCAGAUAAAGACACAAGCCCAACUUCUUGUUGCUUUGUGACAUCCACGGCCAUGUUCUUCUAAUUCUAGCUUCCAUUUGUUUGUAUCAGCUUUUGAUGGCAAAUAAUUAUUUUGACAUUAUUUUCAACCUAUCUGAAGAUGCCAACAGUAGGAAAUCUUCGGAAAAUGGUCACCAUUAUUAAUCUGAGGUGCAGGCUGACUUUACAGUUUAUUAUCGAAGAAACUCUAUCACUUCACAGUGAAACUUCCUGUUGAGCUAACUGUAGAUCCAUUUCCAAGUACUCUACUGUGUGAAUAAUUAUGCGUGAAGAACUUUUCUUUGUGUGCCUGUAAACACUGAGCCUGGUGAUGUGUAGCUUGGUAGUCCGGCGUGCUAUUAUAGCCCAGUAAGCCUGGUAUGCUUUCAAAAACAAAAUCAAACUUUUGGGAGAACUAUACGCAUCCAGUGCAUAGAAACUAGCCUGUAGCCUUUGUACCCUCCAUGAAUUUCCUCGAUUUCCUGCAUCAUUUUACCAUAGCUAGUGACAGGACUGGCAUUCUUGACAAAGUAUUAAAUAUUUGUUGAGUGGAAUAUCUGGCAUCACUGCUUUAUUUCCUGGCACACAUUCGUGUCCGGCGCCACUGCACACAGCUGCACUGAACAGACUUAAAUCUCGUGACACCACCCUGGGUGCCAAAGUAAGACCUAGGUAACAAAGUACCGGGUGCGAGAACAGGCGGAGUGACCUCACUAAUCAUGUAAGGACACCCUAUCCUCGUCACUUCGCCUUCACUUCAUGGAUAUCAGACGUUAUUACUUCGCCCUGGGAAAAGAACCGACAUCACUAUAUUUUCUCAAGCAGUUGGGACUUCCUUGCCAUCAACAAUACUGAUGUAGAUGAUGACAGAUGAUGAGAGAGCGGCAAUGUUCCUAAGUUGUCUCCAAGAUGAAGGAGAAACAGUCGUUACCUAUGACACUUUGCACGGUAGACGUCAGCGUAAAUAAAAUAACAUGAACAUUUUUAAUGCUUGUGAUACACAUUAUGGCUAAACACAAUAGCUUGUUAAGGUUUCCAUAGAAUCACUAUGACAUGUUAACCUGUUUAACGUUAUACAUUUAAAGACCAAAAAUAAUGAAUGUGUUCAUAUUAAGUUAAUUUAACUUUUAUGUGCUUUUUAAUGUCACGCUCUUAGCCAUUAGUGUUCGGUCACUGUGUUGAUAUAAUCAUGACUGUCUUAAGAAACCCCAGUAGAAUGGCAUACUUCCUGUGAAGUUGUUUCAGUAUUUGGUACUCAGUCACUUUCAUUGUUCUUAAUUUACAUUCACACGUUUGAGUCACUUUGAUCAUUUGGCAUAAUUUGUUCACUGACAUCAAUAUUUCAAUGACACUGGAAGAAGGAAAGAUGUAGUGAGACUGAACGGACCUCACUGGGUGGUAACACCUAUGUGGGUAUCACUGACAACACCUAAUCGACACUGACAGAACUUCGCCAGGUGUCAAAACAAAUGACACUGACUACUGACACGUCUCAUCGGCGGAGAUGCAUGUAGACACACGGUACAGAUGGCUCUAUUCUCAAUCCAAUACCAACAGUACUACAGUAGUAGUGUGAUGAAAUCCACAUUUAAGUAGUUAUUACGAUAACCUUGCCCUCAAUAGUUAUUGUAAUAGACUAACCUUUUUCUUCAAGUGCGAAACAUUGUUUGCAGCUGUCACUACUGUGUGCAUAUACUGUUUGUGUGCUAACGCUUGUAUGUAUGUGUGUCUGCUUGUAUUUUGUGAGUAUGUAGGGUAGCAUGAGUUCUUAUGUGCUGUUGAGAUAAAUAAAAUGUGAUAAAAGUAA